ACAUGACCUGUUCCGCUUUACGCCCCGCCCACAGCUCCGAUCCUCCCUCCUGAUUUGUUUGGAGUAUCUCUGCGGUGACGUCAUGACGCAGCGAGCGGAAGCGGCUGCGUACUGAGGACAGAAGUUAAGGAGAACCAGAACCGGUCUGCUGCCCUGUUGUCGUCAAAGUCCCGGUCCGGUUCUAGCUCCAGGUGCUCGGUGUGAACUCACUAGACUGGAUCAGCUUCAGUGCCUUCAGUACUCGAUCGGCCAUCUCACCUGUCAGGACACCAGGGGGUAUUCCAGAUAGCAGGUUCUGCUAGCUCCCACGUCAGUUCUGGUCUUUCUGAGUCCGAGUGAAGACGACUGAGCCGUCAGAGCAGAACCCACAGCCAUGGAUCACAUGAACCACACCCCCCUGCAGGCCGAACCCACCCCCAAUCACCACCACACCCAUGUCCAGCCCACCACCGCCCACAACCACGGAGGAGGGGACUCUGGUGGCGGCCACAUGGGCAUGGCGAUGACCUUCAACUUAAACUACCUAAACGUGCCGCUGCUGUUUGAAGGGCUGCUUAUCAACUCACCCGGAGAGAUGGUGGCGGCUUGCAUCGGCGUGUUCCUGCUGGCAGCGCUGUAUGAGGGCCUAAAGAUCGGGCGGGAGGUGCUGCUGCGCCGCAGUCAGGUCAACGUGCGCUACAACUCCAUGCCGGUUCCAGGAGCCGAUGGGACUGUGCUGAUGGAGACCCACAAGACGGUGGGGCAGCGGAUGUUAAGCUCCGCCCACUUCCUACAGACGCUGCUGCACAUCAUCCAGGUGGUGAUCAGCUACUUCCUGAUGCUCAUCUUUAUGACCUACAAUGGUUACCUCUGCAUCGCUGUGGCAGCUGGCGCCGGCAUGGGCUAUUUCCUGUUCAGCUGGCGAAAGGCUGUGGUGGUCGACAUUACGGAGCAUUGUCAUUAGCCACAAUGCUAGUUAACCUCACAACUCUAACACCUGUUAGCUGUUUGCUAGCAGGAAUACCAAGUAAUUAGCAGUAAAAGACGUAUAAUCACAGAUGUUAACGCGGUGGGAAUGUCGCGCCGCCUGUCGGCUGGAAAACCCAAAACGUUAGUCUUGCGGUGAACCUUUGAAGUUAGACAAGCCGGCCAAUGGGAGGGCAGAAUCUUAUCAGCCAAACAUCUUCUUUCCUUUAGUGCCAUGACCACAUUGGUUAGCGUAGCUCCUCCCCCUCAGUAUAACCAACCAGGAACCUCAUGUGGGUAUCGGUUUGACAGACGACCUGGAACCAGCACAGACUUGUUUUGUUUGAUUUCCUGUUUACACUUUCUUUGUCGACAUGACAAAUUGUGUCUUUAUUUAAAUGUACACACAGAUUCUCAUGAUUAUUCUUGUUUCCUGUGUCUGUGGAAGAAUCGACCAAUCAGAGCGCAGCCAUGUGAUCAUCCUGUACAGCUCUCAGGUAACCGACUCUGAGCAUCAACGAUGUUGAUCGCUCGCCGCCAUGGGCCUUAAAUCCUCCGUCUGCUGCCUUACUCAGCAGCCAUCCGCUGUUGUCAUGGAGAUGGAAACCCCGCCUCUGCUCUAGCCAUGUACACUGAGGUGGGCGGGCUUUAUCUUUUGGACCAAUGACGGCGCACAGACAGUUUGAUGAAGGGCAUGUGACCUCCUGUGAUUGUUGUGAAGGUUUUAUCAAAGUGUUUUAUGCCAACAUGCUGGAAUUAUAACAGAAUAAAGUUCUUGUGUUCUGGU